CAUUCUUUUUAGCACCUGCACGGGAUUCAGUCUAGGAGUUCUGUCUGAGCAGCUUGUGUAUCGCACAGGCACCCAUCGUGGGCACCCAGCCCAAGGCGGGUGUUCUUGGUUAUUACUCUGAGCCGUGUUCCCCUCCCACGAAGGUGCUCUUCUGUCCGGUACCCCACGGUCUGCUCAGGCACUGGGAGCUCAUGCUAGGUGCCCUUGGUGGACCGUUGCCCUUCGUCUGUUGGGCCGGCACCCCCUCCUAACUCCUGCACGGCUGUUCUCCUCCACGUGCGCUGGUGCCCUCACAUCCUGACAUUGGCUGCUGUGGCUCCACAGCAUAGCGUGGAUGCCUGCCUGGCUCUGUCCCACUGAAUGGAUUUAGGGCCAAAUUGUUCAAGAAGUUGUGCACUUAAGGAUUAGUGGACUUGAUGUGCUGGAAGGGGAAGGAAGAGCUGGAAACUUCAGUGAACUGAAUUCCAAAGUGGAUUCUUUUAUAACUGAUUAGCCAGCCACAGAAAAUUUCACACCUGGGAACGAACACACGAUUUGGAUACAAAUAACAACCCUGAUAUAGAUGGUGAAGCUUUGUAGAGAACAGAUGGAUUUACUGAAAUACACUGCUAAAGGGAGCAUCGGUGAGACAGAAGUCUGCUGUGCCAUAUAUGGGUUGGCUCCUUGGUUGGGGAUCGAACUCAGGCCAUACAGGAUUAUUCAAGACAGAGUUGUAGUCAUCUUCAACAAGGAUCAAGAACCAAAAUUUUUCCUUUUACAAAGAAAUUGACAAGUUAAAGAUGAAAGGAAAAGACUGGAAUCAUUUGGGUUCUUACUGACAGGAUAAAGAACACAAGAUUUCAUACUUGUCAUGGAAGCUUAUUAAAAUUCAUCCCCUCUAUGCAUCCACCUGGGAACAUGGAUGUUGGUUUUUCACGUUCUGCUGUUCAGACACUGUCAAGAAGCCACUGCAAAAACAUCAAACAAAAAAUUUCUCAGUGGGAAGGAAGAACUAAUGGCUUAUCUAAUGCAAAUAAGUGGCAUCCCAAGGACUUUGGAGUGAGGUAUAACUGUCAUCAAGAGAUUCUUAAAAAAAGUCCUGUUGUUGAAGAAAAGAGCAAGACAGUAGAUGUUAACUGUCACAGUGUUGGUCUAGAGAGGAAGGAAGAUGCCAAAAGCCACAUUCAAACUGAGGAUGGAAGUGAGCAAAAGGACCAUGAUACACGCCUCUUUAAAAAUGGAUCAGAAUCCAACUGGGUAUGUUCUCAGGUUAAACAAGUUGAAACCUGGAAAGAGGUUGUUUUGGAUCCAGAAACGUCAUUCCCGCCAGGAAACUUCUAUACCUCACAAAUAUUGUGGAAGAAAAUAGAGGCACUUCCCCCAGAUAAAGUCUUCAAUUUGGCUUUAGAACAUUGUGACUCUUCAGAGAAAGAACUGAAUUUCAGAGUUCUGGAUAGUUCAUAUGGAAUAACCAAGAGCUUAGAAAAUAUUUACUCUGAACCAGAGGGGCAAGAAUGUGGACAUUCUAUAAAUCCUUUGCCAAAACCUCGUCGGACAUUCAGAUACUUAUCUGAGUCUGGUGUUGUGCCAUGUGAUGAAAGAAACUGUGACCAAAAAUACUGUGAAAAUAAUUCUUGUGCAGAGUCGUCUUUGGCCUCUUCUCGGGAACCGGAACCAAAGAAAUAUGGCGGGAAAAUCAGAGGGAGAUCUAAAAGGAAAUCCUUUGAAUUUGAGGAUAUUCAGCACUUUCGAAGUCGGAACUCACAGAAGAUUCAUGAAGAACUUGGAAGAAAUUCUAGCUCAGCACUUUAUCACACACAGUCUGAGGACAAUAUCUAUGAGGAUAUCUUAUAUCCCGCCAAGGAAAAUCCAUAUGAAGAUAUUUCAAUACAACCUUUACCCAUGUGGAGAUCUCCAUCAGCCUGGAGGCUACCGCCCCCUAAAAGUCCUUUCAGAGCACCCAAGUUCCCGCCCAAGCCCCAGUUCCUUCACCGGAAGACUAUGGAACUGAAGAACACUCAGGCAUUUUUACGGUCAAAGUUCACAAAGGACACCACUCUGCCUGUCACUUUAACUGAAUGGAAGCUUUUCCGAGCUGGAGAAGUUGCAAACAGGAAAAGGAAAAAUCUUCCAAGGUUUGUAUUGAAAAUUGAUGACAUAUUUGAAUCUAAGAGAGGGAAGAAGAGAGUAAAAUUACACCCUUACACUGGAAAAGACGCACCUCCCACAAAAGGUGAAACCAGUGGGAACGAAAGUGAUGCCGAGUAUCUGCCAAAGAACCGCCACAAGCGCCUGGCCCAGCUGCAGCACUCGGCCAAGAGGAACCCACACUACCAGACCUUAGAGCGGGACCUUAUCGAGCUACAGGAGCAGCAGCUGUUUGAACUUUUUGUGGUGGUAUCGCUACAGAAGAAGACAUCAGAUAUAAGCUAUGUUCCCCAGGUCAUUCAACAGUUCCCUGGUAAGGGUGAUCAUGGCUUUAAGCAGUCCAAGGACACUGAAGAGAGACUCAAAGUUAUCCCCAAGUUUUGUUUUCCCGAUUCAAAGGACUGGGUGCCAACCUCAGAACUCAAGAGUGAAACAUUCUCCUUUGUCUUGACUGGUGAAGAUGGCAGCCGGUGGUUUGGCUACUGCAAGAAGCUCUUGCCGGAAGGCAGAGGAAAGCGCCUGCCCGAGGUUUACUGCAUGGUCAGUCGCCUUGGCUGCUUCAACCUUUUUUCCAAGAUUCUGGAUGAAGUAGAGAAGAGGCGAGAAAUGUCUCCGGCUCUGGUCCACCCCUUCAUGCGCAGCGUCAUGGAGGCGCCUUUCCCUGCUCCUGGGCGCACCAUCACGGUGAAGAGCUACCUCCCCGGGGCUGGAGAUGGGUCCAUCGAACUCUGCCGGCCGCUGGAUUCCCGACUGGAACACGUGGACUUCGAGUGCCUCUUCAGGUGCCUGAGUGUGGGCCACCUCAUCCGGGUCUGCGCCUCUCUCCUAUUGGAGCGGAGGGUCAUCUUUGUCGCCAACAGCCUAAGCACCCUGUCGAAAUGCGGCCACGCUGCGGUCGCCACUCUGUACCCGUUCACCUGGCAGCACACCUACAUCCCCGUCCUGCCCGUGUCCAUGAUCGACAUAGUGUGCUCGCCCACUCCAUUCCUCAUCGGGAUCCUGUCCUGCUCCUUACCGCAGCUCCAGGACCUGCCCGUCGAAGAGGUGCUGAUAGUUGAUCUCUGUGCUGACAAGUUCUUACAGGAGGUGUCUGAUGAGGAUGAAAUUCUACCACCUAAACUCCAAGCUGCCCUAAUGCAGAUUUUGGAAGAACGAAAUGAAAUCUUGACUCAGGAGCCGAAUUUUUCACAAGCAGACGUGACACUCAACUCUCUGGUGUCCGAAGCAUUUGUCAGGUUUUUUGUGGAGCUGGUGGGACAUUAUUCUUUGAACAUGACUGUCACAGAGCGUGGGGAACGCGUCUUCCAGAGGGAGCCUUUCCGCAAGUCCCACACCUCCCGGAGCGUCCGCCACUUCCUGGACCUCUUCAUGGAAACGCAGAUGUUCGCCGGAUUCAUUCAGGACCGAGAGCUUCGGAAAAGUGGGGUGAAAGGUUUGUUUGAGGUCCGGGCCCUCCAAUAUUUGGAAACAAUUCCUGAGUCUGAGCCCAGUGGGGUGAAUAGAAUUUUGCGGAGUCUUGGAAGUAAAAUGAAAUUUCUGCAGAAGAAAUAAAUCUGGUUGUCUGCAUUCUAAAUAGAACAGAAAGUGCCAAAGAAAAUAUUUUUUCCAAGAGUCAAGAUGCCCCAAAGUAUUCCACAAGAUCCUUGAAAGAUGAAGAUUACAGAGCAGGCCAGAUUCUCAGAGGAGCAUUCUCCUGUUGCUGCUGUAGUAUUCACUGGAAGAGUCUGGAACUAAUGCUUUUUGUUCGGCCUCCGUAUUUUUUAAGUGCCUUUUUUGUUUCAUUUUUGGGUUUAUUCUUUGUGUUUUGUGCUUAGUCUAUGAAUGCACUUGUCUUUAACAAGGGAAAGACCUGAUGUUGCAUUUUAAUUGUUCAAAGACGAACAUGAGUUAAGGAACUAGGGGAGCGUGACAGAAAUGGAGCCUCCUGCCCCUGCACGCACAAUUCUCAUACCCGAAAUAUCAUGGCAGCUUUAAACCAGUGGGCGGUUUGACCUAAGGAAUAUACUUACAUCUCCUUUUUGUUGAUCUGAUGUUUUGUCUCAAGAAUCUCGCCUUUGUGGAAGUGCUAUUAGCUCUGCUAUUGAGUAUCUUACAAAGGUAGACAUCUUGCAGCUCCUCCACAUUGUGUGGUACUUCAGUGGCUUGCCCCUUAUGCAUCAACAUUAAACUCUGUAAUUACAGCUUAAAUAGGAAAAUGUCCUUUCAAGGGAAUGAGAACUACCUUUUUUUUUCUUUUUCUUUUUUCUUUUUUUUAUAUUUAAAGAGCAGGUUUAUUAGGGAAAGGGACAGAAGAAUAAAGGACACUUGCAUAGACACAAGAGGGCAGGAAGAGCUGCCCCAAAAAGGACAGGUUUGCUGAGAGAGGCCUGCAUGGUUGCAGGCAGGCAGCCUUGGGGAGCGAUGCCCUGUUGAGGGAGGUCAGUGAAGAGAAGCCCUGGCAUGAUACAGGUCAUGGGCAUCCAGAAAGCUGCUGCCCUGCAGAGGGAGAGAGUUGGUGAAAGGAAGCACCUGUAUAGUCCCAGGUGGGCAGAGGGAAUGCUGCUGAGAACUACCUUUUUUUAAAAAAGUGCCCACCAUGUGCCAUGCAUUAUGGUACAAUUAUGUUAUCUUAUUGAGUCAUGAAAUCGACUUUAUAAGAUACAUCUUGCAUCUCCAUUUUUGUAAUGAAGAAACUGGAAUUCAAACAGGUUAAAUAACUUGUGCAGAGUUAUACAACAGCAAGAACUGAAGCCAGACUAUAAUUGUAUGAACACAGAAAGUUGGUUAGUCCCACCAAUGGAAAUUGGAGCUCUGUAGGAUGACAGCUAUUUCUUUUAAGGUGAAUUGUACCAAAGCCAGUUCUGAGGAUAAGGGACUUCAAAUUAUAAAUGAUUAUCAUUUUAGUGCCCUUAGGAUUGUUGGACACUCUGCUCUAAGAAAAUUAAGAUGCAGAAUGUGAACAUUUCCUGGGCACAUACCACUUACUAUCGACCCAUCUUAAUAUCUAAAUGAUAGUGAUUGCAAAGAAUUUGUCAAUGAUUGGGCAGUUUUCAUUGACAUAGGCAUAGCAAAUGUCAUUUUGUUUUUUUAAACCCCUGCUGAUGCUUUUAACUGGCAUAAAAAUAUUUGGAUUUAACAAAAUCUUACAACUUGUAUUAUGAUAGUUUAUUGACUUGUACAGUAUUGUCAUUACAACCCAUUCAGGUGUGCCUGAAUGAAUUUGAAGCAGACAAAUGCUGUGUAAUUCUCGUAGAUGUGGGUCCAGAAAAAUGAACUGAGCCUAUGUCUUUUUAAAAGUGUUUAUUAAUAAGCAGCUUACCACAGUAUGGCUCUUACCAGCUAAUAUCCCCGACUGGUCACUUGAGACACUCCAAUGUUGAGGGAACAAUUAGUAAUCUGGAAUUGAGUGUUUUUCAAAUGGGGUGUAUGUAUAAGGACUUACUGUGGUGGAUCUUGGCGAUCCCUCUGUGAGGAGACCUUUCUUCAGGAAUUGGUGGUGUCUUAUUUUAUCCCCCUCUAUCUGAAGCUGCUUCGUGUUCCUAGGUCUGUUUUAUGGGGGGUUUUUUGUACAGUAUUAAUUCUGGACAUGUUUGUAAAGGAAUUGAAGAUUUGUAUAAAAUGUUGUUUACAGAUCUUUUAAUGAAUAAACAAAAAUUCCACGGGCCUUUUGGAGAAUUUUAAAUAAAAUUGCUUCAG